GGGGCGGCCAGCGCCCGGGCUGAGGGCGCCAAGGGCCGUGAGCGCCCUGCGGCCGUGCCCGGGGGCCAGAAAACCGGGAGAUGCGGGACCGGUCUCGGGGUUCCCGCGGCUCCGCGGAGGGCCAGGAGGGCGCGGCUCGAGUCCUAUCCUUUUGUUGGACGGCGCGACUCGCGGGGUGGCCCGGGAGCGACGCAAGCCGAGCGAGAGGCCCAGGGAGCGCCGCUCGGACGGAGGCCCGGGGACCCCGGGGCGUUGGGGGGCUUGGUUUGCGCCCUGGGGCUGGCAGUGGAGAGGCCGCGGCGGGGUCACUUCCUCCCUUCUCCAGGCCUUGGCGGCUCAGGCGGGACAUGCGCAGACCCCCACUUACCGCUUCUUGGGGGGAAGUGCCCGGUGCCCAGGGGGCACCGUUGACCUAUUGGCCAAAGACCGAGAGGCAGGCCUGGGUCUCGGCUGGGGAGAGGCGGCCAAGCGGCAUCCAGGGCCCGGUGGAGGAGGGUGCUCUGGCAGGGACAGUGGAGUGGGCAGUCAGCCAGCCACAGCUUACUGACCUCUGCGGGGUGCCAGGCCCCAGGCAGGAUGCAGGGGAGGCACAUGAGAGGGUGGGCAUAACCCUGACCUACACAGGUCUACCUGCUCUCUGAAGCCUGGGGCUUAGGGCCAGAGGAACAGGCCAUCCUUCAACAAGCAAGCAAAGGAGCGCCUUUCCAUUCUUGACAAGUGCUGUGAUGGAAAUAAAACAGGGAGGAGGUGACUCUGAGUCGAGCCCAGAGAAAGAUAAGAUGAAGAACCCAGGGAGCCUCUUGCAGACCCCCCCCCCCCCACGCCACUCCCCACAGGACUUUUCAAAACAUAACUCACGCCCUGGCCCUCCAGACUCCACAGGGUUCACCGAAAGCCUCCCUUCACUAGUCAGUCUCUCUCAUUACACUCCUCCCUGAUUCUCUAGAUUGUCUCUCAUCAUUCUGCCUCUGAGCCUUUGCACUUGCUGUUCCCUCUGCCUGGAAAACUAACUCCCACCCCCAGCUUCUUCAUACGUUCACCCUCUGGUCUCAGCUCCAACAGAGGCCUGGACUACCUGAUUUAAAAAAAACUGCCCCCAUAUGACACUGUCCCAAUGCUGUUGUCAUUUUCUUCAUAACCCCAGUUUCUGCUCCAGUCUUGCUUAUUUUACUUAUGGCCCUUCCCUCCCCAGUGUCAGCACCAGCGGGGCACAGUGCAUUUCUGUCUUGGUCACUGCUGUGUCCCCGGUGCCUAGAACAGUGCCUGGCACACAGUAGGUGCUCAAUAAAUGUUGGUGAGGUGAAUGAAGGAAUGAGUUGGACAUGUCCUAGGAAGGGAGGGGCCACCAGAGAGCUGGAACAGAAUGAGCAAAGGGAAGAGGUGGACAGGAGCUGACUGUGAAGAGCUUUGCAAGCCAUUGAAGAAUUUGGUUUUAUUCUUCAUGCCACAGGGAGUUGUAGGGGGAUUCUGAGCAGGGGAGGGACACCAUCUGACCUAUGAUUUAGGCUGGACCCUCGGGCUGGUGAGGCCAUGGGGCAGUUAGGGAGUGCAAAUGCACACUGCUUCACCUGUGCUUAGGAAGGAAAACUGGGCUAGGAGUUACUUUAUCUUAGAAAAGAAGGCCUGGCCCCAGGCCCUCCCCCCAGCCCUGUGCUCUCCCUCCUCCAGGCCCCUGAGUGCCAGUGGUGGUGUUGUCCCUUGUCACCUGGAACCCCAUGCAGCUGGAACCCGGGCCUAGUGGGGCUGGGGCCCACACCCAAUUCCUACCCCUGAGGUCACAGCGCCCUGAGGGGGCAGGGGACACGGUGAUGUACGCCUCCACCGAGUGCAAGGCCGAGGUGACGCCCUCCCAGCACGGCAACCGCACCUUUAGCUACACCCUGGAGGAUCACACCAAGCAGGCCUUCGGCAUCAUGAACGAACUGCGGCUCAGCCAGCAGCUGUGUGAUGUCACGCUGCAGGUCAAGUACCAGGACGCACCAGCCGCCCAGUUCAUGGCCCACAAGGUGGUGCUGGCCUCAUCCAGCCCCGUCUUCAAGGCCAUGUUCACCAAUGGGCUGCGGGAGCAGGGCAUGGAGGUGGUGUCCAUUGAGGGCAUCCACCCCAAGGUCAUGGAGCGCCUCAUUGAGUUCGCCUACACGGCCUCCAUCUCCAUGGGUGAGAAGUGUGUGCUCCAUGUCAUGAACGGUGCCGUCAUGUACCAGAUUGACAGCGUGGUCCGCGCCUGCAGCGACUUCCUGGUGCAGCAGCUGGACCCCAGCAACGCCAUUGGCAUCGCCAACUUCGCCGAGCAGAUCGGCUGUACUGAGCUGCACCAGCGUGCCCGAGAGUACAUCUACAUGCACUUUGGGGAGGUGGCCAAGCAAGAGGAGUUCUUCAACCUGUCCCACUGCCAGCUGGUGACCCUCAUCAGCCGGGACGAUCUGAACGUGCGCUGCGAGUCUGAGGUCUUCCACGCCUGUAUCAACUGGGUCAAGUAUGACUGCGAGCAGCGGCGCUUCUACGUGCAGGCGCUGCUGCGGGCUGUGCGCUGCCACUCGCUCACCCCCCACUUCCUGCAGAUGCAGCUGCAGAAGUGUGAGAUCCUGCAGUCGGACUCCCGCUGCAAGGACUACCUGGUGAAGAUCUUCCAGGAGCUCACCCUGCACAAGCCCACACAGGUGAUGCCCUGCCGGGCGCCCAAGGUGGGCCGGCUCAUCUACACGGCCGGCGGUUACUUCCGCCAGUCACUCAGCUACUUGGAGGCCUACAACCCCAGCGACGGCACCUGGCUCCGGUUGGCGGACCUGCAGGUGCCAAGGAGCGGGCUGGCGGGCUGUGUGGUAGGUGGGCUGCUGUAUGCCGUGGGUGGUCGGAACAACUCCCCCGAUGGCAACACCGACUCCAGCGCCCUGGACUGCUACAACCCCAUGACCAACCAGUGGUCGCCCUGCGCCUCCAUGAGCGUACCUCGAAACCGAAUCGGGGUUGGGGUCAUCGAUGGGCACAUCUAUGCUGUCGGCGGCUCCCAUGGCUGUAUCCACCACAACAGUGUGGAGAGAGGUGUGAGCCAGAAUACAGUUCUCACCUGGAACUUGUUAAAACAAACUCCCCGGCCCACGACAGGGGAUGCUGGAGAUCUGGCAUUGGUAUGAGCCAGAGCGGGAUGAGUGGCACUUGGUGGCCCCAAUGCUGACACGAAGGAUCGGGGUGGGAGUGGCUGUCCUCAACCGUCUACUCUACGCGGUCGGGG